AAACUUGUCCCCUGGUGUAAUGUUUUGUCUCGGUCUCUGCAGCACGUCCCCGAUUCCUCAGUCCUCGUCCCAAGCCCUAAACAACAAUGACGAUGAGAGCGUCACGUUGCCAUGGCGAUGCAGUCGGCCAUUUUGGGGAGGGUGUUCUUCGUCCUCCAGUUCCAGGAGAAGAGAACUUUAAGAGUGAUGCAGUCCGGCCCGAGAGCUACGAACCGGAGGGCAGGGCCUCGCCCGACCACGCCCACCUGAGUUGGGCGGAGUCUCUGAACGCGUUGCUGGAUGACCAGGACGGAAUCGCGCUGUUUCGGGACUUCCUUGCGCAGCAGGGAUGCACUGAUGUCAUCGACUUCUGGUUAGCCUGCAGUGGAUUUCAGUUAGCAUACGGUGCUCCUCCAAGCUGGUCGUCUACGUCGACGGAUAUGUUGCACAAACGGAGGCUGAAACUGGCUAAAGCCAUCUACAGGAAGUACAUCGUCAGCGGCGGAAUCGUGGCCAAGAAAAUCAAACCAGUGACGAAGAGUUCCAUCGGCGAGCGAGUGCGUCACGCACAGCUGGACUUCUCGCUGUUCGAACAGGCCAAGCAGGAAGUGCAGGGGGCGAUGGAGGUGGAAGCGUAUCCCAUCUUCCUCAAAUCCCACGUCUUUCUCACAUACGCACAGGAAAUCUGCACUGAACAGGAACUAAACGCCCACAAACAGGAAACAGGAAAUAACGAGAAGAAACUAAUUAACUCAGAACAGGAACCAAACAGCAAACAGGAUGCAAAUGGCCUUACACCGGAAACAGGAAAUGACAAACAGGAACUAAAUAGCCCUGUAGAGGAACCAGGAAGUGACAAAAAGGAACUUAAACAGAAAAUGGAAAAUGGCAAACAGGAAGUGGUGAUGUUCCUUCCCAAGCUAGUAGAGAAGAGAGAAUGGGCGGGGUCUGAGAGAGCCUCAGCCAAUCACAAGGGACCUGAGUACUGGGAGGCUGGGUAUAAACUGAAGCACAGAGUCAUACAGGGGUGUGUAAGAUCUGAUGCCCACAAAAUGUCCCUCCUUCACAAACUUAGUAUACACCACAUGCCAAAGGAUGUCCACACAGAGCCGCAUAAGUUUGCUGCUGAUCUGAUCAGCCGUCUGGAGCUCAUUCAGAAGGAGAGAGAGAACUGGAGACAAGUGGAGGAACAUCAACACCCAAUCUACACGCAGGAAGACGAUGAUGCUGAGGUUUCCACAGGGUCCUCCAUAUGCCCCACCCACCUCAUCCCUGCCCAUCAGGGCUCCUCCCACUCCACAGCUCAGAAUCCUGAGAUCAUCCUGGAUGAACAUGGUCAGAGUGGCAUAAGGACACCCAGCUGGAGUUCUCCUACAAUACACACACACUCACACACCUGCCCCAAGCACAGUGACACCUGGCAUCAUAGAGACAUGGCGGGAACCAAUCAGAGUGAAGCUCUGGCUUACAGGAGGAAGUGUGUGUGUGAGAGCAUGACGGUGGCGUAUUAUUUCUGCGGAGAGCCGAUUCCGUACCGAACCACGGUUACAGGCAGAGUGGUCACACUAGGGCACUUCAGAGAGCUGCUCAGUAAGAAGGGAGCCUACAGGUUUUUCUUUAAGAAAGCGAGCAACGAGUUUGAGUGCGGUGUUGUUUAUGAGGAGGUGCGUGAGGAAGACGCCGUCCUGCCCGUGUUUGAGGGCAGAAUCACUGGGAAGGUGGAGAAAAUCUACUGACCCGCUUUAUCUAUCGUCUGUGUGUGUGUGUGUGUGUGUGUGUGUGUGUGUGUGUGUGUGUGUGUUUUGUUUUAAAUCUCUAUAUUUUUGAUGAUGCAUUAUAAACUCACACUGUGUAUUUUAAUGUUUCAUGACUCUGAGAGUUUUAUUUUAUUGACUAUAUUUUUGUAAAUGUAUUUAUUGUAUAUUAUUAAUGUGAGUUCUGAUCUUUGGACUUCCACUAGAUUUACCCUCACUGAUGAUUAAUUCUGUUGAGAUUUAUUAUGAUUUAUUAUGAUUUAUUAUGUGAUGAUGUACUGUUAUGACAGAAUAGAUAACAACGUUAUUAUGUACAGUGC